CCGUACUGCAUCAAACUUUCCCGCUACAGGAAGAGAUCGAAAGCCCUAGCAAAAAAAUAUCCGAUUUAGGCCUCUUCUUCGGCGUCCCGGCGGAGGGGGACAGCUGCGGUACCCCAGAGCUCGCUUGUCGACGUCGAAAGAAUUCGCUGAAGUCUUUAGCCCCGAUCAAACCUCUUUCGCACCUCUAAACGCUUAGCGAAAUCUCCUGGUUCUGUCCGAAGAGCAUUACCUUCCGAGGUUGUCUGUCGAGGAUUUCAUGCGGUAUGCCUUAAGGAAAUGCGACUAGCUACUGAUGACGAAAUUUGCGUGAUUCUGGUUUGCUUUUAAAGUAAUCAAAACGAUGGGGGGGACCAAUUUAUCAGCUGACAAUGUCGUAUCUGAACUACUUGACAUGGGUUUUGAGUUUGGUAAAGUAUUAGAAGCUUUAGAAGCCGUUGGUCCAGUUCUAAAUGAUGCUGUAGACUUCAUUUUGAAUGAUUGUAGCAACAAAAAUGCAUAUACGAAGUCACAACAGGCCUUCACCUGUUCCAAAACUCCAAAUUGCUCCUUGGAGGAAGAUGAAAACUCGUCACAAUCACUGUGUAGGAUGAAGCAGUCCCAUAUCACAGAUCUUCUUCCAUCUUUUUCUAGAUGUAAAAGGGACAUUUUUGAAAGUUCGUCAAAGUCUUCAUUUGAUGCCAUAGAGAUGGCUAUGUCUAGGUUCCUAGAUGAGGAAGAGCAAAUUAAUGUUGAUGGAAAAAAUCAACAUAAAACUGAACCUUUUCCAUCUUGGAUGGAUGCUCACUCUUAUACGCUUCCGAAGGAGUUUUUGCAACAAAAUGGAAACUUUCAGCAUCAACAAAUUCCACAGUUUAAUAACACAGAUGGCCAAGGCAUGAUGAUGAACUGGGAACAAAAAGUUGGCGAUGCCUUACAAAAGCAUUUUGGAUUUUCUUCCUUGAAGGGCUUUCAGAAGGAAGCCAUCAAGGCAUGGUUAGCACACAAGGACUGUCUUAUUGUUGCUGCUACUGGCUCAGGGAAAUCCCUCUGCUUUCAGAUUCCAGCGCUAUUAUCCGGAAAGGUGGUUGUUGUGAUUUCACCCUUGAUAAGUUUGAUGCAUGAUCAAUGUUUAAAACUUUCAAAACAUGGGAUAUCAGCAUGCUUUCUAGGAUCCGGACAACCUGACACCACAGUUGAGCAGAAAGCCAUGAAUGGGGUGUAUAGAAUAGUUUACGUCUGCCCAGAGACAGUCUUAAGAAUUUUAGAACCACUGAAGAGGCUUGCAGCAAAUAAUAUGAUAGCACUUUUUGCCAUUGAUGAAGUUCAUUGUGUUUCUAAGUGGGGUCAUGACUUCCGCCCUGAUUACAGGCGGUUGUCUGUGCUAAGAGAAAACUUCGUGGCCUCUCAUAUCCAGUCACUGAGAUUUGAUAUUCCGCUGAUGGCAUUAACUGCUACUGCAACUCUUGAUGUUCGAGAAGAUGUUAUAGAAUCACUGCACAUGUCCAGAGAAACAAAAAUUGUUCUGACUUCUUUUUUCAGACCAAAUCUGCGGUUUUCUGUGAAACAUAGCAGGACAUCCUGUACUUCGUCAUAUGAUGAGGACUUUCGUGAUCUAGUUAAUAUUUAUACCAUAUCAAAGGUGAAUAAUAGUAAAGGGAAGAACAAAUCCUCUAAUAUUGGGGAGUAUAACAGUAAUUGCUCCAGUUAUUCUUUGGAUGUCUCUUCUGACAAAGACGGCACUUCAGAAUCAGACAGUUAUAGCAGUGAUGACACUCAUUCUUGUGCAAGUUCAUCAGAUGAAAAUUAUGCUCGUCCAUGGGCAGAUCAGUUAACAGUUGAUUAUCUUGAAGAUGAGUUUGACACACCUUACAAUGUGGAUGAUUUGGAUGUAUCAUGUGCCGAGUUACUUGAAAGAAGUCCACAUAAGCAUAUGGAGCAUUUUGAGGCAACACAGGCACCUGUUACCCUUGAACCCCUAGGACAGGGUCCUACGAUUAUAUAUGUUCCUACCAGGAAUGAAACAAUAAAAUUAGCCGACUUUUUCUGCAGAUCUGGUGUUAGGGCUGCUGCAUAUCACGCGAAGCUUCCUAAAGCCCAUCUAAGGCGCGUCCAUGAAGGCUUCCUUCAAAACCUAAUAGAGGUAUUUCUUAGAUAUUUAACAGAGCAAUGCUAUACUCCUUAG